AUGGAGGUGGACGCCGAGGAGAAGCGGCAUCGCACGCGGUCCAAAGGGGUUCGAGUUCCCGUGGAGCCAGCCAUCCAGGAGCUGUUCAGCUGUCCUACGCCCGGCUGUGAUGGCAGUGGUCAUGUUAGUGGCAAAUAUGCAAGACACAGAAGUGUGUAUGGCUGCCCCUUGGCUAAAAAAAGGAAAACCCAGGAUAAGCAGCCCCAAGAGCCUGCUCCCAAGAGAAAGCCAUUCUCGGGGAAGGCAGACAGCUCCUCAGUGGACGAGCGCUACGAGAGCGACGGGUCGGACGACACAGACGAGAAAGAAGAGGACUCGGAGGAGGACUCGGAGGAGGAGGACGAGCCGAGGGAGGACGAGGAGGAGGACCGUGAGGAGGAGGAGGACCUGGAGGAGGAGCUGGAGGACGAGGACGAUGAGGACGGGGAGGACGAGGACGACGAGGAGGAGGACGACGACGAGGAGGAGGACGAGGAGGAGGAAAACGAAGACCAUCAAAUGAAUUGUCACAAUAGUCGAUUAAUGCAAGACCCAGAAAAGGAUGAUAAUAACAAUGACGAGUAUGACAACUAUGAUGAGCUGGUGGCCAAGUCCCUGUUGAACCUUGGCAAGAUUGCCGAGGACGCGGCGUACCGGGCUCGCACGGAGUCCGAGAUGAACAGCAACACCUCCAACAGCCUGGAAGACGACAGCGACAAGAACGAGAGCCUGGGGCGCAAAGGCGAGCUGAGUCUGGACUUGGACAGUGACGUCGUUAGGGAAACAGUGGACUCCCUCAAGCUGCUGGCACAAGGGCACGGGGUGGUGCUGGCGGAGAACAUGAGCGACAGGGGCUACGCAGACACCAUGCAGCAGCAGGACAGCCGGAACAUGAACUAUGUGAUGCUGGGGAAGCCCCUGAACAACGGGCUGGGGGAGAAGCUGGUGGAGGAGAGCGACGAGGAGGUGUGUCUGAGCAGCCUGGAGUGCCUGCGCAACCAGUGCUUUGACCUGGCCCGCAAGCUGAGCGAGACCAGCCCGCAGGACAGGAACCCGCAGCCCAGCCUCAGCGGCCGCCCACACAUCCGGCCAGAGGACGACUUCCCGGGCAGGACGCCGGACAGGAGCUACUCGGACAUGAUGAACCUGAUGAGGCUCGAGGAGCAGCUGAGCCCCAGGUCGAGGACUCUCUCCAGCUGUGCAAAGGAGGAUGGGUACCACGAGAGAGACGACGACACGGCCUCUGUCACCUCCGACAGGUCCGAGGAGGUGUUCGACAUGACCAAGGGCAACCUGACCCUCCUGGAGAAAGCCAUCGCUCUGGAGACGGAGCGGGCCAAGGCCAUGCGGGAGAAGAUGGCCCUGGAGGCUGGCCGGCGGGACAGCAUGAGGUCGUACGAGGAGCAGUCGCCAAGACAGCUGCCCGGGGAGGAGAGAAAGCCCAAGCCCAGCGACAGCCAUGUCAAAAAGCCAUACUAUGGUAAAGAUCCCUCGAGAGCAGAAAAGAAAGAGAGCAAGUGUCCAACCCCAGGGUGCGAUGGAACUGGCCACGUAACUGGGCUGUACCCGCAUCACCGCAGCCUGUCCGGAUGCCCGCACAAAGAUAGGGUCCCUCCGGAAAUUCUUGCCAUGCAUGAGAAUGUUCUCAAGUGUCCUACUCCAGGCUGCACAGGGCGCGGGCAUGUAAAUAGCAACAGGAACUCUCACCGAAGCCUCUCUGGAUGCCCUAUUGCUGCCGCCGAGAAGCUGGCAAAGGCCCAGGAAAAGCACCAGAGCUGCGACGUGUCCAAGUCCAGCCCGGCCUCCGACCGGGUGCUAAGGCCAAUGUGCUUUGUAAAGCAGCUCGAGAUCCCUCACUACGGCUACAGAAACAACGUCCCCACGACCACGCCGCGCUCCAACCUGGCCAAAGAGCUGGAGAAAUACUCCAAGACAUCGUUUGAGUACAACAGUUACGACAGCCACACGUACGGCAAGCGGGCCAUAGCUCCCAAGGUGCAAACCAGGGACAUAUCCCCCAAAGGAUAUGAUGCGAAGCGGUACUGCAAGGACGCCAGCCCCAGCAGCAGCGCCGCUAGCAGCUACGCGCCCAGCAGCGCCAGCAGCCUGAGCUGCGGCGGCGGCAGCAGCGCCAGCAGCACCUGCAGCAAGAGCAGCUUCGACUACACGCACGACAUGGAGGCAGCCCACAUGGCGGCCACCGCCAUCCUCAACCUAUCCACACGCUGCCGCGAGAUGCCACAGAACCUGUCCACCAAGCCGCAAGACCUGUGUGCCACACGGAACCCUGACAUGGAGGUGGACGAGAACGGCACGCUGGACCUGAGCAUGAACAAGCAGAGGCCGCGGGAGGGCUGCUGCCCGAUCCUGACUCCGCUGGAGCCCAUGUCCCCGCAGCAGCAGGCCGUGAUGAGCAGCCGGUGCUUCCCGCUGGGCGAGGGGGACUGCUGGGACCUGCCCGUGGACUACACCAAGAUGAAGCCCCGAAGGGUCGAUGAGGACGACUCCAAGGAGAUCACUCCGGAGGACCUGGACCCCUUCCAGGACGCUCUGGAGGACAGAAGGUACCCGGGGGAGGUGACCAUCCCGAGCCCCAAGCCCAAGUACCCGCCGUGCAAGGAGGGCAAGAAGGACCUGAUAACUCUGUCGGGCUGCCCGCUGGCUGACAAGAGCAUCCGGAGCAUGCUGGCCACCAGCUCGCAGGAACUCAAGUGCCCCACCCCUGGCUGCGACGGCUCCGGGCACAUCACCGGCAACUAUGCUUCCCACCGAAGCCUUUCAGGGUGCCCGCGGGCCAAGAAGAGCGGCAUCCGGAUAGCGCAGAGCAAGGAGGACAAGGAGGACCAGGAGCCCAUCAGGUGCCCCGUUCCCGGGUGUGACGGCCAGGGCCACAUCACCGGGAAGUACGCCUCGCACCGCAGCGCCUCCGGCUGCCCCCUGGCGGCCAAGAGGCAAAAGGACGGGUACCUCAAUGGCUCCCAGUUCUCCUGGAAGUCCGUCAAGACGGAGGGCAUGUCCUGUCCCACUCCCGGAUGUGAUGGCUCCGGGCACGUCAGCGGCAGCUUCCUCACACACCGCAGCUUGUCCGGCUGCCCACGGGCCACGUCGGCGAUGAAGAAGGCCAAGCUGUCCGGGGAGCAGAUGCUGACCAUCCGGCAGCGCGCCAGCAAUGGCAUAGAGAACGACGAAGAGAUCAAACAGCUGGACGAGGAGAUCAAGGAGCUGAAUGAGUCCAACUCUCAGAUGGAGGCCGACAUGAUCAAGCUCAGGACUCAGAUCACCACCAUGGAGAGCAGCCUGAAGACCAUCGAGGAGGAGAACAAAGUGAUCGAGCAGCAGAACGAGUCCCUGCUCCACGAGCUGGCGAACCUGAGCCAGUCGCUGAUCCACAGUCUGGCCAACAUCCAGCUGCCGCACAUGGAGGAUGGUGUAUGGUGGGGGCAGUAA